AUGGUCGACGAAUUACUAGUAAAUAAUAUCGUACGCGAGAGUAACUCGCCAUAUGCUAGUCCAGCCCUUUUAGUUAAUAAAAAGAACGGGGAGAAAAGGCUAUGCAUAGAUUAUAGGGCCUUAAAUAAGAUAACGGUUAAAGAUAAAUACCCCAUGCCCAGAAUUGAAGAUUUAGUGGAUAGACUACAAAGCUAUAAGGUAUUCACCAGCUUAGAUUUAAAAAGUGGGUAUUAUCAGAUUGCGAUGCAUAGGGAUUCGAUUGAAAAAACUGCAUUUAUAACCGAGGACGGACAUUUCGAAUUCUUGCGGCUUCCAUUUGGGUUGGCUAAUGCAUCUUCUUGUUUUCAACAAAUGAUGAACAAAACUCUUGAAUCAUUAAAAUCUAUGGGUGCUGACACUACCGAUGAUAGGUGGGAUCAAUGCAUAAAGGCUCUACAGCAAGGCUUAAAUAGCACGAUACACAAAACUACACGAGCUGUCCCUAGUGAAGUUAUGUUCGGUUAUAGAUUACGCAUGGAUAGUGAUAGUUUAGCCCCAGAGUUGGAAGACGAAAAAUUAGUCGACAUGUCUCAGUUGCGCGAGAGAGUUGAUAGUAAUGUUAAGGCUAGUGCUCAAUAUCAGAAAGAAAGGUUCGAUAAAUCUCGGGUGAAAGCUAAAACUUACAAAGAAGGAGAUUUAGUAUUGAUUAGAAUACAAAGUCAAAGUAACGACGGUCAAAGUAGAAAAUUAAUGCCGACGUUUAAAGGUCCAUUUCAAGUCAAGAAAAUUUUGAACAACGAUAGAUAUGAGGUUGUGGAUUUGAGAGGUAGUCAAAGAUGUUCUAAAAUGUAUAAUGGCGUAGCUGUGGCCGAAAAUAUGAAAUCAUGGAUCAAUAUCGGUGAUUGGAGCCUAGAUUAG